GGAGUGAAGGCCGGCGGCUCGCGGUGACGUCACUUCCGUUUCCUGCCGCGCGCGGCCAUUUCCACUGCUUCUGUGCGACUUUCCGGCCCAGGAGACCGCUCGAGUUCUGACUUCGCCUGCGCUCCGAGGGUGGCGAGACCGCGGAAUCGCAGCCAUGACUGAGGCUGAUGUAAAUCCGAAGGCCUACCCCCUUGCAGACGCCCACCUCACCAAGAAACUAUUGGACCUUGUUCAGCAGUCGUGUAACUACAAGCAGCUUCGGAAAGGAGCCAAUGAGGCCACCAAAACCCUCAACAGAGGUAUCUCUGAGUUCAUUGUGAUGGCUGCAGACGCCGAGCCCCUGGAGAUCAUCUUGCACCUCCCGCUGCUGUGUGAAGACAAGAAUGUGCCCUAUGUGUUUGUGCGCUCCAAGCAGGCCCUGGGGCGGGCCUGUGGGGUCUCCAGGCCUGUCAUUGCCUGUUCUGUCACCAUCAAAGAAGGCUCACAGCUGAAGCAGCAGAUCCAGUCAAUUCAGCAGUCCAUUGAAAGGCUCUUAGUCUAAACUUGAGGCCUCUGCUACAUUUUUCCCACUGACUCCUCCCCCAGAAGUUGUGUCUCGUUUUGUCUGUUUUAGCAUGUAGUAUUUCCAGCUACCUUCUCCUGAUAUAAAAUAUUGUAGUACUAAAUCUGGUUUUUGCAUUUUUGUAUUAUUUUUGUUUUGAUUUACAGGUCAUCAUCCCCCCACCCGAAACCUCCCCUUCCACUCCCUGAAAAUGAGCUAAUGCGCAGAACAGGGUGAAGCAGAGUGGUGAUACCAUUCACAGGCAGAGAAGAGCCAGGAUAGAGCUCUGGUUCCAGCUUCCAGGCACUAACUUUGCUACUGUGUGCCAGCAUGAUGGAAGUAAAUGCCACCCACUUUGUAUCCCUUGUGGCUGGCAUACAGAAUCAUUCCAUACAUGUUGAAAUGACUGAGGGGUUUCCUUUGCUCUCUAGGGGCUUAUAUAGCAUUUGGGGAGGGAGCAUGUAUUCUGUGAGGUUGUUAGGUGUAUGUCCAAGUGUCAUUUGCUAAUGUACCCCUGCUGUUUGCUUCUGGUAAUACAAUAUAUUUCCCCCUCUCAACUUCCAGCCCUGCCCCUGAGGGUGGCAGGGGGCUAGGGUAGCAGCAUACCAAAGAGAUGUGCUGCAGAAUUCCAGAGGUGGCCUGGGCGAAUGAGACAUGGGGCAGUUGGCCUAAGUCUUCAAGGAGUCCGGAGUGGCAAGAGAAAACAUCAACUGGUGGUGGAAUGGAGGAUUCUGGGCAAGUCAUGGAGACCUGAAUAGAAGCUGCAGCAGAGAUGAUGGAAUCCAAGGAAACCUCCUCUCUGGUGGAUGGAGAUUUCUUCAGUGGACACUACCAGCUCUGAGAGCCCUACCCCUGUUUCCUGCCACGGUGUGGGUCAGAUGUAUAUAUUCUUUAUUACAUCAGAAGGACAAUGCUAAUAUGUCAUUCUUGUGAGUGUCCUAAUAAAGAAAUAUAUUCAUAUUUCAA